AUAAUAACAUUACAAACGGGUUUAUCAAUCACGACGGCGUGAAUAUCAUCCUGGAAGACAUGGCUGCUGCAUAGAACUGUGGUCUACGGAAGGCAUCUAUGGAGGGAGAAUCAUCCGCCCCGGCAUGGGCGGGUUCCGGAAACAUCGACGCAGAAAGUCCGCUCCACGGAGAAAACCUGUGCCGAGUACGCUCAAGUGUGUAGGUCGGAACUUCGUUUCAGCGAAGCAUCUACGCAAUCUCAGAAUGGGUGGAAGGACGAUGACCCUUGAGACUAGUCCAGCUUGUCGACUCUAUACUUCAAGACGUACGCGAGACGAGUCGCUGUUUCUCAUUCCGAGCCCUGCUACUACAUUCCAACAGCUGUUGAUUGAGUUGUGCAAUUGUGCAUUUGUGUGGAUAGUUUCCAAAAUAAUGCAGGGGCACUGGUCUCCAUGAGGCCUUGGUCAAGCGUGAAAGGAGUACAAAUCCGGGUUACAGUGUCUUUCAUAUAUAAGGUCCGAAA